GGGCGGCGGGCGCAGCGCCUGGAGCCCGAGAUGGUGGGCGCCGGGGCGCGCGGGGCGCCGCUGCCGGUGCUGCUGCUGCUGCUGCUGCCGGCGCUGCUGCGGGGCGCGGCGGGCAGCCUCGCCGACAGCGUCGUCUGGGCCGUCAACGCGGGCGGCGAUGCCCAUGUGGACGUGAACGGCAUCCACUUCCGCAAGGACCCGCUCGAGGGCCGCGUGGGCCGAGCUUCUGACUAUGGUAUGAAACUGCCAAUCCUGCGGUCCAAUGCAGAAGAUCAGAUCCUGUACCAGACAGAGCGUUACAACGAGGAAACCUUUGGCUAUGAAGUUCCCAUCAAAGAAGAGGGUGACUACGUGUUGGUGUUGAAGUUUGCAGAGGUCUAUUUUGCACAAUCUCAGCAGAAGGUGUUUGAUGUUCGCUUGAACGGCCAUGUCGUGGUGAAGGACUUGGACAUUUUUGACAGAGUUGGACAUAGCACGGCUCACGACGAGAUCAUUCCCAUGAGUAUCAAAAAGGGAAAACUGAGUGUCCAGGGAGAGGUUUCCACGUUCACAGGAAAGCUUCAUAUUGAGUUUGUAAAGGGCUACUAUGACAAUCCGAAAAUCUGCGCCCUGUACAUCCUGCAAGGAACAGUGGAAGAUGUUCCUAAGCUGCAGCCGCACCCAGGACUGGAGAAAAAAGAGGACGACGAUGAUGAGGAUGAAUAUGAUGAUGGCUCCAGCGUUAAAAAACAGGCAAAUAAGAACCGGGUUCAAUCAGGCCCACGCACACCAAACCCCUAUGCCUCAGACAACAGCAGCCUCAUGUUCCCUAUAUUGGUGGCCUUUGGUGUCUUCAUUCCUACCCUCUUCUGCCUCUGCCGGUUGUGAGAGCCCUACAGAGCAACAGCCGAGGGGCUGGGAGGGAAGGAGUUGGACCAAACACAGUUGCUUUCAAUUUCUCCGUAUUGUUCAUAAUUUAAGGAAAACAAACAAACAAACAAAAAAAGGUGAUUCAUUUGGAAUGAAUAGCAGGUCCAGGUAAGAGGAAGAAGCUUACCUUCCCCCUGCCAGCAAGCAGCAAGGCCCUUGCCUUCCCCGUCGCACCAUGUGCAGCCUCUGAUUCUCCCUGGGACAUCCAAGAGUGAACUGAGUCCUGGCUGGCUGUGUAUUGGGCUAUCGGAAGCAGAUGGUAGCAGUCCUGGGCCACAUCCCAUACUGAAAGAAAGCUGCGUGCUGCAAGAUCUCUGCCUUUGCUGGGUGGAAUACAUUUCCCGAAGCGGGGAAGCAGCUCUUAUGACAGGCCUGGGUACAUGUUUUAUCCAGGAGCAUGGAAAUGUUGUGAUGCCAUUGGGUGACUAGCAACUAUGGAGAACAAAGGCCCGUUCUUCAGCAUCUCCCUGAAUGUGCAACACGAUGUAUGGUACUCACCUGAGUAAAGAUACCAAGGCUCCAGCUGGCCACUCAGCCUCUGUGGGGAUGUUUCCCUUCCUAAGAGCGCAGACUGUGCCAGGAGAGGAGGAAUUUAUCUGGCCUGAUUUGCUGCACCAGUUGGGAGAGACUUUCCUAGUCUGACAAUUGUAAUGUUAGAUCCAUUGCAGAGGGAUUCCGCUGUAGCCUGCGAAAGGCUGACGUUUGCAUCUGAUCAGAUGCACUUGUUUUCUGUUUUGAUUACGGCUUUUGUUUCUUUUAGUAUUGUUUUAUUUUAAAAGGUUCAUUUUAAGCCCAGUUUCUUAUUUUGCCCCUUUUAGCAAGUGACCUGUCCAUCAGAAGAAGCUGAGAAUCAAAUACCCUAACAAGGAGGUCCUUGUUCCUUGAGCUUCGUACUGAUCAGUUCCCCUGCUGUGACAUGGGACAGAGUGGAGCAACCUUGGGGAUGCUCCUGAGAGCUUUCACACACUGUUCAACAGACCAGACCUGCCUGCAAUGGUGAGAAGUGCAGAGCUGGUUAGCAUCUGCCCUUAGCACAGCCUUCUGCAUAUCAAGGGGCAGACAUCCAACAUUUCAGUACUAAGGCACAAGGUGAUUUGUUGCUCUCCAGAGAUCUGGAAGCAAGCAGAACACUGGAGACAAGGCCCAUCGAUUUCCCUGUUGCUUGGUGACGGGCUGAUGAGCCAGGUCACCCACCUUCCCCCAGGGAUCUUUCUGCAAGAGGCUUCUGCUUCCACAUGUAGAGCCUGUGCCUGACUGAUGGUCUGAGCCCUCCCUGCACCUUCUGGCCUGGAGUUGCUGACCUUGAGCUGGUUCCUAUGCUCUUGGCCUAUGGUGUCGCCAAGGAGGCGUUUGUGUUCAGGAGAAGGAUUUAGGCCAGGUGGGGCUAGGUUACCAUCAGUCCUGGUGAGCUUUACCUCAUGCUGUCUUGUUCGUAUAAGUGCUCUCUUCCUGGUACAGCUGCUCUGAGCCACGUCCUUGCUGCUGCUCCUUCCUGCACCCGAGUUUUCCUAGCAGUUGUUCUCAGGUUUGAUGCUGUGCAGUGGCUCAGCCUUUCUUUGAGCUGAGAAGGGUCAGCAGAAUUUGAGGGGCAACCUUUCUGCUGGGCCAGAGCAGCUGAAUCCUUUACUUCUUCAUAGCCCUCAAGCUGUGAUAUGAGCUGUCAGCUCAUGAGUCCUAAAACAGGAGCUCAGGGUGUCACAGUGCUCAUGUCUGCAGCAGUGGCACUGAACCUUUGCUGACUUUCUGAUAGCAUGCAUCACUGCAAUGGGCCUGACCAUCAUUCUGAGUGCUAAAAAGCAAACAAUUGAACUUCUCUCCAAUUGCUUCUCCAGACUGGCCAUUUCUACUCAUGCAAGAGAGUCCCUACCACACUUGGAAGGAGAAGGCAGACUUCAGAGAGAGCAGAUCUUAAGAGCAAACCCAGGGAUGAAAGGGCAGUAAACUUGAAGUUGUUUGCUUCGUCUUCUAGGUGUUGUUAGAAUCCCAGUGCUUAUACAGGUCUUCAGUAGGAGCUGUGUCUUGUUUAGUAGCAGUGCCUGCUAAGAUCCACUGGUGUUUUUUUCAUUGCUCUAACUGGAGCAUAGAGACAUUUAGAUCUAUAUCAGUCUGAGAAGCGUAAACUGCCCUGAUUUGUUAAGCAAAGAACCUGGAUUUGAAAGCAGGCUUCUCUGUAAGGAGCUGUUCUCCUCCAGGCCUUGUAGGUUUUGGGUUGUUUUGCUGGUGGGUUUUUUUUUUUGGUUGUUUACUUUUUAGCAUCCUUGCAGCAGGAAGUCACUCAGCUUCUUGUGGCUCCCCUGGUAAUCUCUGCACCCUGCAGCAGAGCAUGAGAACAGGGCUAUGCGUGUAGGUGUGCCCUACUCCUGUAGGGUACUUGAUCCCUGCCUCUCUUGCCAAGCAGGGGACUUCAUUGGUGCCAUCAGCCACCCUAAGACAAGGCUGUGCAGGGUUUGGUCUGUUGUGUUCUGCUUUCUCUCAGUUCAAAUGAAUUUGUCUCAUUUGAAUAGGAAUAUGGAGUAGAAAUGGUUCAGUCUUCUUGGCUUCAGCUUAGUUGUUUUGGCUCUGGCUUUAUGCAUUUUUGUCACUGCUGUGAAGCUGGUGUUUGCUCUCCAGGUGACUGGGGAGUUUCUGACCCUGAUGGUGAUGCGAAUGGUUUUCUUUGUUAGUCCAUCCUCUCCUGGCAGGUCUGGCUCAGACAGAGCCAUCAAACAAAGCGUGUGGGGACACAGGAGGACAGUAUGGGGAGGACACGCUCAGUCUGGCUUCCCUUGUCAUCCGUCUGGCACCUGCAAGCCAGCCAGAUGGGUGUGAUGAAGUACCUGGCCUGAUAUGGGGAAGGAAACAUUUGGGCUGGCUGUGAUUUUCCAGCAGGGGUGAUUGAGGGAAUGUCCAAGGCAGUGUUUAACUGAAGGCAGUCAGAGAUAAGGCUCCUCGUGCUUUGUUGCAGAGCUCAGCAGGCAGAUGUAGAGAGCGUCUCUGUGCAGCAGUGUGGGAGGCAGGACCAGAACAGAGCCUGGCUCAGUGGUUGGAGUGGUUGUGCAGAGGGGCAGGUAAGGCAAUUUGAAUAAAGCUUCCCCUUGGUAGAGGUGAGGCGAUGCAGCUGAUCAUGUUCUGGGCCUGGAUCCAGCCCCAGGGUAGUGCUGUUUGAAUUACCCCUUAUCAGCCCCUCCGCUCUGUCCUGGGGAUGCAGAGGCACAGCUGGCUGUUGUCUCACAGCUUGUGCUCUCUGCUUUGCUACGGCCGUUCUUCAUGUCUGUGUGCGUACCUACAACAGCAGCUCGGACCCUUUUGAGUAUCCCAGGUGGCAGGGAGCAGAAAGCCAAAUGAAUUCCUGUCUUUUUGGUGCCUUUGUGUCGGGCUUUGAAUAAAAGUCCAUUUGAAGAA